AUGCUAAGGAUACUUGGGAUCCGUUAUCGUGCACGAAUCACAGCGUUUAGCCCAUGGAAGAGCAGGCCUGCAGGGUUGAAUCUUAACGGCCGCCCUCAGAUGGUAAACCCUCGUUUUUUCAGGGGUGAAUACAGGCGCCAGAAUCCCGAUGAUCCCACGCGCCUUUUAAAGAUGAAGCAUGUCAUUCUAAAGCGCUGUCAUUCAUGCAAACGAACGCUUUUUGUUCGUCUUAGCGAAAAAAAUCACUUUCAUACUUGCUGCGAAGGGAUGCCUAUGAAGGUGUAUGCGAACAUGGAAACAGUGAUGAACUCAGAACACAAAUUAUUGUCAUUAUCCAGGCAAUGGGACGUGGAAAAUAAUCGUCCGUGGUGCAGCGCCCACAGACCACGGCCGAAAGGUAGGUCAAAGUUUAAAAAGUGA